UAUCGGCGUGGUUAAUUUUGCAGACAGUCAUAAGUAUUGUUCAAUGCAUACUGCCAGCUCAUUUAUGCCUAUGCUGACUUCAAACCUGCGCUGAGCAGUGUUAUAAAUUCAAUUUCCACAAGUUUUCUGUUCACGCUUUACGGAUCACAUUUAUCUCCCGUGGCGUUGUCAGUCCUGAGUCUUUGGAAGCCCACGCCGGAAAGAAGCUAGCAACGGCAUCAGGCUGCAUCGGUGAUCAUCCUGUCGCUACCAUCAAGUGGUAGCACUAGCAACCAUGGAUCAGCUGGCUAAUACACCCGAAGACGACGGCCAUUCCGCAGAAACCCUCGGUGAACUAUCCAAGAUUAUCCGUGAUCGCAAUGCAGUUGAUGCGUAUGCACAUGAUAAGGAAUGGCGAGGUCCAUUCUGCUUUGUGCAAGGCGCGGAUCCUCAGUUCGGAAUGAUUGACCAGUGGGACCGGAAGAAAACCAAUCCGGAUGAAAUACAGUGGGAAGAAGACAUGCAGCUGAUGCGCAAAGCAGUACAGGAUAUCAAUCGUGUCAGUCCUAUUCCGGGAUUUUUCGUUGUUUGUGGCGAUUUAGUCCACGAAUUUGACGUGAAUCCGCUUAAAAUGGCUCAAGAGCGAGACUUGCUGCGAAUUCUAAGCGACAUUGAUCCUAUCGUUCCUAUUGUUCUCAUUCCCGGGAAUCACGAUAUCCUUAAUACUCCAACUUCCGGUUCUGUCAAGCAUUUUGAGGAGGUUUUUGGUCCUGAAUAUUAUUCCUUCGACGCCCGCGGGCUCCGCUGUAUAUGCAUUAAUUCGCAGUAUCUAAAAGAUUUUCCCGAAGAAUCUACGGAUUUGUUUCGGGAACUGCGGGAGAAGUUUUUGGCAUGGUUCGAUGGGGAAAUUGAUAAGGCAGCUGCUGAUCUGAAAAGCGGAGCGAUUGAACACGCUGUGGUCUUCCAACAUAUUGCUUGGUUUAUGAAUUCUCCGGACGAGCCGACAGAUUAUUUCAACGUCGACUUCGAAAUCAGACAGAAAUAUCUCAAGAAAUUAAUCGAUGCCGGGAUCAAGGCGUGUUUCUGCGGCCAUCUGCAUCGCAACGGUGGCGGUAUAGCCGGUCCCAACGGCGAACUGGACGUCGUAAUCACAUCCGCUAUCGGGUUGACUUUGGAGUUGAAUUCUGAUGGGCAGCUUGUACGAGGAAAGAAUCCAUCGGGAUUGCGACUGGUUAAAGUGGAUAAAUCAAAGAUCGAGCAUGCGUUUUACCCUUUGGGUGAAAUGCCCGAUAAGGUGGAUUUGCGUCAUUAAUUUGAGAUUACACUGAUAAUUGAUCUACGGUACUUUUCCAGUGAUUUUUCCUGCUUUUUUAGCCUUCGGAUGACAAACGAUAAUGCAUGGUUAUUUUUGUAAUUAUAAGAAUUAAUUAACAAUUACUAAGAUUUACUAUCACAGUUCAGUGAAAACCAUAAAAAUCCAAAAGAUU